AUGCGUAAAGUUUUGGAAAAAUUGGUGCUGUCGACUUUUAAUGCAUACGCUCUUACGAAGCAAGGUGUCCGGUCAUUCUCUACCUCGUCCGUUACAAUGCAAGACAAGAAAACAAUAACGAUAUUCAAAACGAUACCAUCAUUACGUGAAUGGAAGCAGAAACUUGCGAGAGAGGGCAGGACACUUGGAUUUGUUCCAACAAUGGGUGGACUGCACGAAGGACAUUUAAGUCUCGCAAAACAAGCGGCCAGCAUAUGUGAUACAGUGGCAGUGUCGAUAUUCGUAAACCCGGCUCAAUUUGCACCGCAUGAGGAUCUAGACCAAUAUCCACGAACGUUAGAAAAAGAUCUUGAGCUAUUAGAGGCUACAAAUAGUGUAGAUGCCGUGUUUUUUCCAACAGUCAAGGACAUUUAUCCAAAUGGUAUUCCAUUGGACGUGGAGAAGCAGCAGGGAACAUUUGUAGAGGUCAAGGGUAGAUCGCAUCAGAUGGAAGGUCAAACGCGGCCAGUAUUUUUCCGGGGUGUCGCCACGGUGGUCUGUAAGCUCUUUAAUAUAGUUCAACCGACACACACAUUCUUCGGUCAGAAGGAUGCGCAACAGUGUGUUGUCGUUCGGUCUUUAAUUACUGAUCUGCACUUUCCUAUCUCAUUUCACGUUGGUGAGACUAUCCGUGAAUACGACGGACUGGCAAUGAGUUCUCGAAACCGAUACCUGGCCCCUGAAAAUAGGCAGUUUGCAAAUGUGUUAUAUAGAGCUUUGAACAAAGGGAAGCAAGUGUUUGAAAAGGAUGGCAUCAGGGAUAGAAAGGGUAUUAUUGCAAAAGCACAGGAAGUUGUUGAGGCGGAGUCGGAAACGAAGGAUGUCAAGUUGGAUUAUUUCUCAUUGGCACAUCCGAGGACUUUGGAAGAGUUGGAGAGCGUAGGAGAAGAUGGUGCUAUAUUAUCUGGUGCUAUUUAUAUUGCUGGAACUCGGUUAAUUGACAACUUGUUGCUUGAUUGUGAACUUUAG